AUGCGAAUUUCUAGUCUUGUCUGUGAGCUAGACUGCGUUGGACAUUGUUGGGUACCGUAUACUGUUGGACAUCGUUUCAGUAUUAUCAAACGUCUAGCAUCUAUUGCCGGAAAAUAUGAAACAUAUACUCUGGAUGAAUCUACUGUGAGCAAAUUGAAGGAAAUUUUCCCUAGUAACAAAUUUGUGAAAGAAUUAUUUGAAGAAGUAAGAGGAGGCAGAACUAUUGAUGAGAAAGUCUUCUUUAGAUUUCUGAAACGAAAUACCGGUUUCCUGGCAAUAGCACUUAAGUUAUGCUGCACUUACAAUAAAAAUACUGGUGAGCAGAUUGCUGGACUUGAUGGAACACACUUGAAGGGAGAUUUAUCUUUACCAGAAAAAGAUGUUGUUCUUUUCUUGAACAACAGAGGGUUCCUUACAUGGGAAGAAGCUGCUGGAAGGAUAUAUUUCUUUGGAGGAUAUGAAGAGGCGAAGUCGCAGGCUACUACGGGAAAAUCACAAAAACAACCAAGAACAGGUUGUUGCUAAUAGAUACCAUAACAAUCUAAAUAGCUGAGCCCUGGAGUGACUCUGUAGUGUGAAGUACCAUUUGUAUUCUUCAAGUUAUUCAUUUCUCCAUAGCACAGCUAUUUCAUUAUUUUUUAACUGUCUUAGAUUGAUUACAUAUAGCAUAAAUAAUAAAUAAUCAAUAAUCAUAUGUUAUGGUGUUAAUUUUGAUCAUUUAAUUUAGUCUGAAUCUUAUACCUAUUUGAUUUAUCUAUUGUUUGAUUCAAAUCAGCUAAUAAAUUAUGAAUAAUCCAUUUCAUUUCUCAACUAUUGUAAAUUCAAAUUGAUAUGGAACGUUAAAACUGUCUAUUAAUAUUCUUCUUUACUAUUAAAAAUUGUGAUUCAAUAUUAUUAGUUCCCUUAUAUGAUCUGUACUAUUGGGGUAUUCGGGGAAGUCGAUGGAAAAUCAUUCGAGUGAAAUUUGAAAUGUAUUUUAUCAUAAGGAGUCUUAAUCUCACUCACUCUCCUGAAUUCUCUCCCAUUCUAUUUUUUCUGAAUUAUUCUUUUUCAUUACUCUGACUCACUUACUCACUCACACUCUGAUGGAAAGGAUUUUUUUUUCAAUGCAUUUGUUAACAUGUAUGUAAUUUAGAAAGCUGCUCUAUUUUUGAUUCAGGGAAAAAGAACUUCCAAUUUGUGCAGUUUUCCUUUCCUGGACAAAUUAUUUGGAAUGACAAAUUGGGGAUUCAUAUUUGAGAUUUUGAAGUUAUCCCUAAAUAUCACAUAAGGUGGGGGUUGGAAUUAUUAUUGUAAUAAAUAUGGCGAGAGCUGUUGAAAUUCAAUGUGAAUUAUAUUCCAAUUGAUAGUAUUCAAUUCAACUCAGUUUAUUCUAUAGUACCCUGGUUGUAUCCAUUCCCAAAAAAUAUUGUGUACUCUUCCCAGGUAACACUCUCCUAAUAAGGUUUUUCAAAAGUCUAAACAUUUCCAUUAAUUUAAAAGAUUAUCAAGGCAAUAUUUUCUUUUGUCCUUUGAUUUUUCAAAUUCUUCCAGCAUCUAUAUGUUUUUUCAGGGAAAAUUGUUUUUUAAUAUUAAUAAUUAAUAUUAUAAAAAAAAUAUUCAUAAUGAUAAAUUUGUCCCACUCGAAGAUGUUGUCUUUUCAACUUUCAUAUUUAAAGAUAAAUUUCAUGUAUUUAAAAUUAAUAUUUUGUAUUGUAAUAUUUUAGUUAAGUGAACUUUUUGUUAAGCUUUAUCUUGAAGUUUGUUGCAACGUUGCAGCUCCUACCAUCAGGGGUCAACAUUUAUCCUUUUGCAUGCGACUAAAGAGUUCCCAUUUCGAAUAGUUUUUGUUGUUAUAUUAUUGAUUAAGUUUUCAUGCUAUUUCACUUUCAAUUUUAAGAUAUGUAGUGUUUUUAAACAUGGGCUAGCCAUGAAUAAUGAAUUCUGUAAUGUAUAAAGCUGUUGCUAAUAAAUUUCAAUUUCAAAUGUU